UGGGAAUUGCACACAGCCUGUUGAGCACAAGUGGGCAUGUGGAAAUUGCCUGAUGAACAGCACAUGGUUGAAAUUCAGCUAGAGAACUUACACUGACACCAGGCAAAGAAGAUGAGGGUAAAAUCAAGAUGUAAAGAAUAUUUGAGUCCUUUUGGAGUUCUGUAUAGCAGACCUGACCAAUUUCAGUUUAAAGGGGAAGCUCUGAGUCAAUGAGGUGAAAUUAUUUACGCCCUACUGGGAUGUGAUGCUGGAGACGUUGCAGCCUGUGGCCUCACUGGGUUUUUCUCUUUGGGUUAUUUUCCACAUAGAGGACAGGUUUACACACACAACUAGAGGAUGCUCUCCUGCUGUGUCAUGAGAAUCAGAGCCAACCCCAUUGCUGUGUGAACUCUUCAAACCACAGAGUCCAGCCUGAAAGCAACGACCUUGGGACCAGCAUUUUUCACCCUGCUGCCACCACCCAUGUGGACACAGGAUAUCACCAGGGCCAUUGGCCCCUCUGAGGUGUCCCCAGAGCUGCUGCAGCCCCUGGUGACUGUGGUGGCCACCUUGGGCAAGUUGGGGGCCAUCCCUGGUGACAUCUCCCUGGGAGGGAACAUGGGCUCACUACGGGCCAGGCUGCUGACCUUCAGCUCUGGUGUGCGCAGAGCCAUGGUGCACCCAGAUGGCGAUGCCACCCUCCUCCGAUGCGCCCUGGGGGCAUCCAAGGAACAGCCUGGUGCCCCCACAGCCAUCACUGACUCGUGGCAGGAGGCAGUGACCAAAGUGAAGGACAUCUGGGCUGAGCUGCAGGAGGAUGCUGCAUGUCUGAGAGAUGCCUGUGGGAAUGUGGCUGCUGCCAAGGCUGCCACUGAGGCCACCAAGGGCCACUUGGUGGAAGCAGUGACACGGGAGGACAAAGCACACAAAGGGUUGAUAGCUGCCACCAGGGUGGUGCCUUUGUCCUCAGAGGUGGCCCAGGUCACAGAGGUUGUGGCAGCCCAUGAUAUGCGGGUGGCAGAGGCCAGGGAAGGGCUGCAGGCAGCCACCAAGGCCACUGAAGAGGUGGCAGUGGCAGUGGUGGCAUCAGUGGCAGCCAAGGAGAGGGGACAACAUGCGGCAGUGGCCCAUGGGUUCCUGGUGCAGUUGGUAGCCGCCUGUAUGGGGGCCUAUAACUACUAUAGUCAUGUGGAGCAUUGUCUCAGGGACAUCAAGGCCAUGGUGGGUGUCACUACUGGAUAUGCUGGCCCUGAUGUCCCCAAGGCCACCCAGGGGGACAUGGGUAUCCCCAAGGAGCUAGCAGAGAUAGUGGUGGUGGCCGAGGCGCUGUGGGAUGCCAGCGCCCGUCUGACCCAAGAGCACCUCUUGGGGACACUGCGUGGUAUUCGGAGCCUGCUGGCCACGUCCAGUGUCACUGAGGCCACCAAGGUCACCCAGCGCUGCCAAGAGGCCACUGACGCCCUCCCUGGGCUGCUGCCACCAGGGCUGUGCUAGGGGACAAACAUGUCCAUCAGGAACCAGUGGUACCAACACCACCAUGAGAUCAUGGAGACGGCAGAUGAGGCCUUCAGGACUGCCAUUUCAACCACCAAUGGAGUGAGAGCUGUCACAAAAUGUCACCUCAGUGUCACCUCCAUGCAUUCCCUCAACACCUCCAGGGACAGGGAUGCCACCACUUCCCUAUAAAAAUGGGAAAACCAUUUUGUUUUAUAAAAAUGGUUUUGUUUUAUAAAAAUGUUACCACGUGA